AUGGAUUUCCUAAAGCCGAAGAAUCAACAGGGACAGUUUACUGAUGGUAGUUUAUUGUCCAACACCCCAGGACAACAACAAGAACAGACGAUUGGUGGUUUGGAUCAGAGUAUGUUCGGACAGGAUCUUAACAUGUUCGGCUAUGACAUGAACACAGCGCAGACAGAGCCGGAUAUUCCAUCCAAGCAACAAAGGACAAAACCACAACCAGCCAAGCCUGAGUCUCCUAAAUCUCCCCAGGCAUCAGAGUUAGAAAAACUUCUCCAAGGUACAGGUUUGGACAUGACCAGCCUCCAGGCCGUUGGAAUCAGUAUAGAGGACCUUAUAGGAGCUCCCUCGCAAUCACAACCGACUACAUCUACAACCACUAAACCUACGAUGAAGCCAGCUACCACUCCGGCUCCAAUAGAGACACCAGUCGAUAUUGGUAUGGCAGGCAUGACAUUAGAACAUAUGAUGACCAUUCUUAACAUGGAACAACAGUUAAAAGGUUUAGGGGCGUCCACGGAACCAACUGGGACGCUUUCUGACCCCUUAUAUCCCGCACAACUCGGUAAAGCGGCGCCGCCCAAUCCGACUCAGCAGGUUGUUGAAGUGCGACCCGAUUCCGCCCAAGUUGGUGAUUUCUCGUCACAAUCGAUCGAGCCAAAUCUCAUGGGUCUACCAGAACAGACAAAGACAUACGAUUCUCAGAACCAGCCUUUACAACAUGCACAAAACUUAAAUUUUAAACAAGGUAUGUUUGAUGUAAUAGAAACGAAAACCAAGGUUAUUGAUGGUCCUUCAAGAACUGACGCUUCUCUUAAAAGUGAUCGAACGAACACCCAAGGGCACAACCCGGAUAAAGUUACCAUGAAAACCCUACAAUACCCACCCAUAUCUGGUACACAGUAUCCACCCCUUCCAGAAACACAUUAUUCACCAGUGGACAAGUCAAAUCCGUUUGAAACAAUCCUCUUGGAAGCCACUAAUACCGGGCCCGUUGUUGAACGCAAGGGUAACUCAGGUUCAGGCUCUUCGUCCUCUUCAAUGUCACAAGCCUCUUCGCAGUCGUCUAUGAAUUUUAUGGGAAUGUUUGGCGGGUUGUCUGACGGAUAUAAUCAGGGGAAGGGUACCAAUCCUGGUCCUGAAGCUUUUGCUCAGUCUGGUCCAUCAUCUUUGACUGCAGAACAACUUGAUGCAUAUAUGACUGGUUCGUUAGGCAUGACAAACACUGGUCAGUUACCAUCUCUCACAGGAAAUGCACAAAUUGAAACAAUGCUUGAAACUUCAUCGUCAACUAAAGCGACUGAACCUUCUUACACUGCACCAUCAGGAAUUAUGGCUGAUGUGGCAACAAAUGGGACAGCCUCUCUGGAGUUUACACAAAAAGAGCUUGCGGCUAUGGAGAACGAUCCUCUGCUUGGUUUAUUCGGAGGUGACUUAGGGGCUUUGCAGAAUUUUAUCAACCACGGUGUCAUCGAUCAAAUGGGCGACCAGGGUAUGGGGGUAGGUGCUAGAAAACUACAAGGGUCUUCACAAGUUACUGUUGAAAGAAACACACAGACAUGA